AUGUUGCAAUGUGUGAGCAAUGGAUUAAAACUGAGCAUGCCGGAAGAGUGCACACGAAAAUGCACCAAAGAUGAGCCGCCGAAAAUCUGCUACUACUUUUUUUCACUAGAAUUAUUCCCCGCUCUCAGCAAUGCAUGCGAGCUGUGUAAACCGACAACGAGACAAGGGUUGAAAAACAAACCAGAGUGUGCGUGUAUUCUAGUUGAUGGAAUCGAGCGGACGGUUUUUUCAGUCAAUCGAAUGAUACCCGGUCCUCAAAUACAAGUUUGCAAAAAUGAUUACAUAGUAGUGGACGUUGAAAACAUGGCAGAGGGUAUUGCAACGACCAUGCACUGGCACGGGCUAUAUCAGGAGAAUUAUCAGCAUUACGACGGAGUUCCCUUUGUGACGCAGUGUCCAAUCGAGUCAUUCGAUACAUUUCGAUACCAGUUUGCAGCUGCCCAAUCGGGAACUUACUUCUGGCAUUCUCAUGUCGCGUUCCAUCGGCUAGACGGACAGCACGGUCCACUGAUAAUCCGCGAGCCGCUAGAAGACGACCCGAGUGCUCAGUACUACGACUUUGAUGAACCGGAGCACGUCAUCCUCAUCAGCGACUGGAUGCACGAGCUGGCUACCGAACGUUUUCCUGGAAUGCGUCAUCGGUUGUCAGGUCAAACUCCCUCGAAUAUUUUAAUCAACGGCCGCGGGACUUAUAAAUCGGAAGAUGGAACCGAGACCGACAUCGAACUGGAAACGUUUGACGUUAAACCAAAUGCCAGAUACCGUUUUCGAUUGAUAAAUGCCUUUACAUCAGUGUGUCUAGCGCAGUUCAACAUCGAAGAUCAUCAAUUACUAUUGAUCGCUCAAGACGGAGUUAAUGUUGAGCCGGUUAAUGUUGACACUAUUGUAAUUGGAUCUGGCGAACGCAUCGAUUUUGUAAUAAACACAAACAACACCGAUGUUAAGACUUACUGGAUACAAGUACGCGGGCUCGGAGAGUGUCAAGAGACCGAAGUUAACCAAUUGGCAAAGCUCCAGUAUCAAGGCUCCGAUCAACAAGAUUCUGACCCCAGCGACCCUCCGACAUACUCCGAUGGAUUAACGCGUGGAAUACUGUACAAUCCACUAGACGCGUCAUGUAAUCCCGAGGAGGGAACAAUCUGCUCUAGUAAUCUGAAAACUGCCGCUCCAUUCGACGAAGAAAUUCUAAAGGUUCAACCAGAUGUUCAAAUUCGCUUGCCAUUUUGGCAUCAUAAUUACAAUAGGACUAACACUUUUGAUAUAUUAUACAAUCCUGAUCCAAAAAAAUAUGCAAAAUAUUUUCUUGCCUUGCAUAACAAUCCAUUAGUAAGUGUAGUUGAUGAUAUAAUUUUCAAAACACCCAGCGCGCCUCCAUUAACGGAACCCGAGGGCCGAAAUUAUUUCUGCGACGGCCCGGACUCUGAUUACUGCAAAGCAAAGAAUGGAUCAAUGCACUGUUCAUGCACGCAUGUUAGGAAUAUUCCUCUUCAUUCCAUCGUCGAAGUCGUAAUCUACGAUAGAACUUUGCUGCCUUGGAUGAUUCAUCCGUUUCAUCUACACGGCGGACACUUCCACGUCUUCGAGAUUGGAAGUCUUCCAGAUCAGUCGGAUCUCUCGAAUGAAGACAUAGACAAAGUAAUGACCAAACAUCGCGAGCGACUGGUCAAUAAAUCUUACGACAGACCUUCCGCUAAAGAUUCCAUACUCGUGCCACAAGGCGGCUGGGUUAUUUUUCGCUUCCACGCUAAUAAUCCAGGGUACUGGUUGUUCCAUUGUCACUUCGACUGGCACUCAAUAACUGGAAUGAAAUUAAUUUUUCAUGUUGGAUCUGAUUCCGAUUUACCACCAGCGCCACCGAAUUUUCCACGAUGCGGUUCAUUCAAACCUCCCAUUUGUUUCAAUCCUUGA